UUUUGUAAAUCGUGCUAUUUUUCAUUAAUUUAAAUAAAGAUAGUGUGUUCAUCGGCGUUAUUGUAUGGUUAUUAAAGUUAUGCAUAAAGCAAACAAGGCUGCGGUCUACACAGACUGAAGUUGAAGGAAAACCAUUUUAGGCUUUUAAUGUAAUAGUAGAAUUAGCUUCUAAAUUGUUUAAAACCAAUGAAAACCAGUAGAAGACAUGCUAUUUGCAUGGCAUCCGAUUUCUUCUAUCCCAACACGGGAGGUGUUGAAGAGCAUAUAUAUAACUUGUCACAGUGCUUGAUCAAAAAUGGUCACAAAGUAAUUGUUAUUACUCACUGUUAUGGAGACCGUGUAGGGGUGAGGUAUUUAACUGGAGGGCUCAAAGUUUACUACUUACCUAUACGAGUUUUCUACUCACAGUGUGCAUUGCCUACUAUGAUAUGUAAUAUAGCAUUAGUCAGGUACAUUUUAAUCAGAGAGUGCAUUCAGAUCGUACACGGUCAUUCAGCAUUCAGUGUACUGGCCCACGAAGUGUCCAUCAUCGGCAAGCUUAUGGGUCUAAAGACAGUGUUCACGGAUCAUAGUCUGUUUGGAUUUGCCGAUAUGUCUGCAGUACUCACCAAUAAAUAUUUACAAAUGUGUUUGUGUGAGUGUGAUCAUUGCAUCUGUGUGUCUCACACCGGCAAGGAGAACACUGUGUUGCGAGCCAAGGUAAAAGCACACAAGGUAUCAGUCAUACCUAAUGCAGUGGAUGCUUAUACAUUUACUCCUGAUCCGAGCAAAAGAGAUAAAAAUGUAAUCACUAUAGUAAUUGUUUCUAGGCUGGUUUACAGGAAAGGAGUAGAUUUAAUGGCUGCCGUGAUCACUGAGUUGUGCUCACAGAACCCUAACAUCAGAUUCAUUGUUGGAGGUGAUGGGCCGAAGAUGUGGCUGUUGCAAGAAGUGCGAGAGAGGAAGGGCUUCCAAGACUGUGUCACACUACUAGGAAGUUUAAAACACUCUGAAGUGAGAGAUGUACUAGUCAAAGGAGAUAUAUUUCUGAAUACUUCCCUCACUGAAGCGUAUUGUAUGGCCAUAGUCGAAGCUGCCGCUUGCGGUUUGAAGGUUGUAUCUACCAGAGUGGGCGGCAUACCUGAGGUGUUACCUGAAAACAUGAUAUACCUGACGGAACCCAAUGUAGACAGUAUUAUUGGAGGUCUAGAACUUGCUAUAAGUGAUUUGAAACAGGGCAAUUUUCUUUGUCCUUAUAAGUGCAAUAUAAUGAUAAGAAACAUGUACAACUGGAUGGAUGUCAGUCGUAGGACAGAGAUUGUGUAUGACAAGAUUUUGUUGAACAAAAAUAAACCGCUGGGACAGCAGUUACGCAGCUACCUCACAUGCGGAGUCUGGCCAUUCCUCUUAGUGAUUAGUUUAAUGUAUUUAUUACUGAGACUUGUUGAAAAAAUUUACAAAAGAAAGCAUAUAGAUAUUGCCAAAAAUUUAAAAAUAUGA